GGCGCUGUAACCAGCUUUCAGAAUCCCGUGAUCGGAGAUGUUGAAGUUUACGUGUUGCUUUGAUAUUUCCAAAGAAUUUGAACAUUUAAUACGUGCAACACAAAAUGAGCAAAAUGUGAAUCCAGAACUGUCUGCCACUGUGGUUGGCCAGGAGAAAGAUGGCAUUGUGUUGUACACAUGGGACAGCAAAUCACAGUUCAGCGGGGAUAUCGAAGUCACACAUGUUGGAAUAUAUGAUCCAGUUAAACAGACUAAUAAGGUUCUGUUUAUUCAUGAUAAGAAGCUGACCAUAGUUGGGGCCUCAAUCAAUCAGGAACACUCACUACUAGCUUUCACUUCUUUUGAACCAAGUCAAGAGUGGGAUCUAAGUAGCCAUGUACAACCUAAAGGUACAUACAAGGUAUUUCUGGCUGAACUGCAGCCCCAGAAUAAUGUGUUCAACUUGAACAUCCAGCGGCAGAGAUAUGUAAAGGUUCAGUUCCUCUAUGGCCAGUACAGAGGGUUUGGGGAAACAGCUUAUAAAGAGUCCCACAUGCUGGUGUUCUUGCAUAAAGAAGCUAUAGGUCUGUAUCACAUAGCAAUGGCCAGGAUGGGGGACAAGGGAAUUAUGAUGAGUGGACAACCAAAAACUGAAAUUUGUUUUGGGAAGUUUGCCUGGGCGCAGUGGGACAUGCAUCUUCAGCGUCUGUACAUCAUCCACCACAAGAAGGAGAACCUCCACGGCAUGGAGCAAGCAGUGCCUGUGUUAGCAGGAUUCCAGUUUCAAGCUCACAUGUUGGAGCAUCCUUUUGAACUGAUGUUUGAUGUGAUACUGGACCUGCCUAUACCUCAGGCUAAAAAAAGCAGCAGUUCUACAUACCUGGAUUUAAGGCUGUCUCAUAGCAUUCCAGAUGCCAAUAUGAAUCUCUUAGUGUUGUCUCUCCCCAAUGGUACAGUGUGCCUGUGUCACCAGCAGACAGGGGGGUUUAAGUCAGGGGGGAGGAAGAAGCAUCACGACAACACCAGAACAGCCACAGGGGAAGUGCCACUGCAGUAUUCAGUCUGUAUGAUCCAUCAUGGAAGUAUAUUGCAGUGUGUGGUGCCAGUAGCAACACAGGCAAAUGCUGCCAAGAACAGAAUUUUCUUCACCAUGCAUAAUGAGUGUGUACUAGUGUUUUUGCCAGGCCAUUUUGUUCAUUUGUUGAAUGUCAGCUUAGAGUAUGAACCCUCACACCAUAUAUUAUUCCAUGAUGUGGCUUACCCUGAUCUGACAGAGGAGGCAGGUGUAGAGAAAACUUCUUUAUCUAAAGGUGGCUUGUUGACCCAUCUGUACAGGGAGAAGUCAGGCUUCUGUCUCUUUGAAAGUAGUGAAGGAAAAGGCUACAAACUGAGUAUCAAUAAGGAAUGCCUGCAGCGGAUGUUUACGGAUUGCUACACCAACUCUACCAAGAUGGCGAUACUGAAUUACGUGAUUAUCAAGACCAAGGACUGGGGGGUUGUAAAACAGUUGAUUGAAUACAUGUGCAAUGAUAUAGCAAGCCCUGAAGUAGAACUUUUGAUGGAGGAGUUUCUUAUUGCCUCUACAUACAGUGCAAUGAGACGCCAGAUAGAGAGGGAUCAGUUGCAGCUUCUGCCUUUCACAAGUAUUGACACAGCUAGGGGACAACUUGAAAAGAAUCACAACAAUCACAAGCUGGCCCAGGUGACUUACUUUCCAAUGAAACAUAAUGUGAACAUGGGCCGCAGGCACAGCUCGGGGGGAGAUUCUGGACAGAGAGCUAGGAAGUUGUCCGUAGACGAUCUCCCCGAGAGCUUGAGCCGUCACUUCAAGAUCAAACAGCAGCUGCAGGUGUCCAGGUUUGACCCGCGGUCAGUGUCCAGACUGUUACAUGCAAUGAGGGACAGGCCAGAGGAUUUUCAAAAAUCAAGUUUGUCAGAGAACCAUCUGCAGGAGCCAGGCAGGGGGAGAAGAGUCCUGAAGACACUUUCUAUGAAGUUCAGAAAGUUAAAUGAAGUCCUAACGCCAAAAGUUCCCAUCAAGGCAAAGUCUGUGACAAUCAUCACACCUGAGAGCACAAGACAAAAUUCUCCAGAAACAGGUGUGGGCAACAUGCCAGUUUUGCCUGGCGAGGAAAAAGAGGAAGAAUUUGUGUACGAGGACCAACCAACAGCCAGCACAACCACCCAGCAGCUGAGCCAGCACAUGUCAAAGUACUUGAAACAAGAUGUGCAAGGAAAGAUACAAAACCUGGCCUCAGAAUAUGUCUCUUGUCAGUUCAUCCAAUCCAAGCAGCUGUUUCACAUGUUGUGGAGUAUACUUAACACACAGGAGAAGAUUGUGCACUUAGACACACCAUCCUGUUUAAAGGAUUAUGAACUGUUUCAAGCCAUGGAGAGAUACCUGAUGGUAACACAGGAUUUGGCUUUUCCACUGUGGAAAGGUUUUCAUACCUUUUUCACAGGACUGGCAUUUCGUUGCUUGGAUUUUAGCCUGUUUCUGCAGUAUGUGGAUUCAGGGAUUCUAACUCUGACUCCCACAUUUGUGGAACAAGUAUUAACAGAGUUGGAAGAUAACAGGGAAACUGAUAGAAUCAAGUUCCAGAUUCUCUCCAAGUUACCAAAGGAGGAAUCUGUCCAGUAUUUUAUCAAAUCUGGACAUCCAUGCAGUAAAACAUUCUUGGCAGAACAAUAUGUGCAGGCAACUCUACUGGAUGACCCCGUGCCAAGGAGCGCCAGAUCCAGUGCAUCGUCCUUUGAAGGUGAUGACCUCUCAAUGACCUCCUCUGGAGGUGCUGGGGGACUUAGUAUUGGGAGUGUUGACAGCAUGGAGGUUGGCACCUAUACUCAGCAAACUUUCCCACCUCUGUCUACUUUGCUCAAGUUGCUGGAGACAAAAGAUCCAGAAUUUAAAAACAAGAUGCCAAGAAGAGAGAUGACUAGCAAUGUAAAUCAAGUAGAUAAGAUGUUCAUUGAAAGCACAGCCACUAUGUACAGAAGUAUGCAGCAGUGAUUCAGUGUGCUGUUGUCAUCACCAUGAAAUGUGGAGGAAUGGUGGACUUGUCAGAUGUCACUUGUCAGGUGUCACCUGUGUCAAAUGUCACUCAGUCCUCUCAGCCAUGUGGAGAACACAAAGGCUGUAAACAGGCUGUUUGUCUCAGGAUGGUGCUACAUGUAGUAUGUGGGUUAAAAAAAGUAUCUCUAAAAAUGCAUUUUCUAUUGGUAUAGGGUGAAUCCAAUGCACCUGUUUUGAGGAAGUUAUUAGGGGGUCAUUGGUUCAAAUAUUUUUCAGCAACUGUACAAAACUAAACAGAGAAGAAUACAUUUUAGAGCACUCUUUGUAUGGCGGACUUUAAAAAUGUUGGUCACAUGCAGGCAAAAGCUCGGGAAAGUUCUGCAGUUCACAACAACAUUUGAAACACAAAUUAGAACUGCUUGUACUUUUGAUUUUACAAAAAAAAAA